AUGAUCGAAGAGAUACCUUGGCUGCUACUGCUGAUGGUGAGCGGGGCUUGUGGAUUUGCCUUGCUCAUCUCCAAGUUGUAUCUUGGAAAAACUAUUCAAUUAAAGUCGUCUGCUUCCAAAACAGAGAACACAUCGAAGAAAGGAAAGUUCCAUUCCGAUAUGAACGCCCCGCCUCCUGAACCGACACCACUUUAUAUUAAGCCAGAGGAUGUGAGCAAAAGAGAUGAUCGUCCUUGGAGGCCAUUCAGGGUCCCAUACCAUCAGACCAUGUCUAUAUUUAAACUGGAUAUCAAUCACUGGUUGGAUAUGGAUAAGUAUUACGUCCAUUACAUUGAGGAAAAACGGAGAGUCUUUCAUACAUAUGGCAAUGAGCAUAUUGGGUGGAGUCCCGAAUCAACGGAUGCUUGCAUUGAACUGCUGGAUACAGUCAAAAAGCACAUGCUGAAAAGAUAUCCUCUUCUCUUCACCACUGGGGAUGACGGAUUGCAUGUCAAAAAUGAACUUACUGGUGAGGUCCUUGACUUUUCUGAACCUUUGAAGGAUCAUCCUUUGGUUUAUGUCUCGAAAAUGGCUAAAGAAGACUUUUAUAUUCUCCAAAAAGGUAGCGAUGGAGAGUACAGACUGGCCGCGGCUGCUGUUCCAUUUCCAGGUGGCUCCUUUAAAAUUAGCGAGAAAAUUGGCAAAACAGUGGAUGCAAUUCACGACGUUGUUCCUUAUUACGCAGAAAAAUUGAGAACCUCCAUGUUGCGUUUUUUCGAUAAGAUGGCGCCUGCCGAUCCCGUCGAAAGGGCAUCUUUUUAUAUCUCCUGGGAUCAUAGAUUACUUUUGAACAACAUAUAUGCGAUGAAAGAGGGCGAGAAGGUGGACCCGAAUGUCUUACCAACAGAAUUUAACGUCAGAGUUGAAAGACAGACGUUGAGGAGACUACCAAAAAGCAAAGCUAUUAUUUUUACGAAUCAUCCUAUAUUUUACUCGAUCGACGAGAUGAAAGAUGAACCUCUUGUCCCAUCAUUGCUACGCAAGAUCCUGGACGAGGCUCCGGAAAAAAUCAUGAAGUACAAGAAUUUUGAUGCUUUCAAAGAGCAUCUCAUCCCGUACUUGGAGGGUUUGAUACAGAGACAAAAAGACCUAGGGCUUAUAGAUGACAACACGCCGGUUAGGACUCUACCCACAUAUCCGUUUGCCCAUUUCACUAAGGACUUUAACGAAGAAACAGGAUGGUCCAACCCCAAAUACCCUGUCAAUUACUCGGACAAACUACAAGAUGAAAUCAAAGCUGCGAUUCCUCUUGAGCAGUCAGCCUUUGGCGCCCCUACCGCUGCUAGAGCUGCGAGGGCUGAAAACCUUUUGGCGGCCUGA